GCGCUCGCCUGACGUCCCCGCGCGCUGCGUCAGACCAAUGGCGAUGGAGCUGAGUUGGAGCAGAGAAGUUUGAGUAAGAGAUAAGGAAGAGAGGUGCCCGAGCCGCGUCGAGUCCGCCGCCGCCGCAGCGCCUCUGCUCCGCCAACUCCGCCGGCUUAAACUGGACUCCCAGCUCCGCGAGGGCGCGGCGCAGCCGGGCAGCGGCUCUCUCAGCCUUGGCAACCCCAGGGGCCACUAUUUCCCACUUAGCCACAGCUCCAGCAUCCUCUCUGAGGGCUGUUCACCAACUGUACAACCACCAUUUCACUGUGGACAUUACUCCCUCUUACAGAUAUGGGAGACAUGGGCGAUCCACCAAAAAAAAAACGUCUGAUUUCCCUAUGUGUUGGUUGCGGCAAUCAAAUUCACGAUCAGUAUAUUCUGAGGGUUUCUCCGGAUUUGGAAUGGCAUGCGGCAUGUUUGAAAUGUGCAGAGUGUAAUCAGUAUUUGGACGAGAGCUGUACCUGCUUUGUUAGAGAUGGGAAAACCUACUGUAAAAGGGAUUAUAUCAGGUUGUACGGGAUCAAAUGCGCCAAGUGCAGCAUCGGCUUCAGCAAGAACGACUUCGUGAUGCGCGCCCGCUCCAAGGUGUACCACAUCGAGUGUUUCCGCUGCGUGGCUUGCAGCCGUCAGCUCAUCCCUGGGGAUGAGUUCGCGCUUCGGGAGGACGGGCUUUUCUGCCGUGCAGACCACGACGUGGUGGAGAGGGCCAGCCUGGGCGCCGGUGAUCCGCUCAGCCCUCUGCACCCGGCGCGGCCGCUGCAAAUGGCAGCCGAGCCCAUCUCUGCCCGGCAGCCGGCCCUGCGGCCCCACGUCCACAAGCAGCCCGAGAAGACCACCCGCGUUCGGACUGUGCUGAACGAGAAGCAGCUGCACACCUUGCGGACCUGCUAUGCCGCCAACCCCCGGCCAGACGCGCUCAUGAAGGAGCAACUGGUGGAGAUGACAGGCCUCAGUCCCCGCGUGAUCCGGGUCUGGUUUCAAAACAAGCGGUGCAAGGACAAGAAGCGGAGCAUCAUGAUGAAGCAGCUCCAGCAGCAGCAGCCCAAUGACAAAACUAAUAUCCAGGGGAUGACAGGAACUCCCAUGGUGGCUGCCAGUCCAGAGAGACACGAUGGUGGCUUACAGGCAAACCCAGUGGAGGUGCAAAGUUACCAGCCGCCUUGGAAAGUACUGAGUGACUUCGCCUUGCAGAGUGACAUAGAUCAGCCUGCUUUUCAGCAACUGGUGAAUUUUUCAGAAGGAGGACCGGGCUCUAAUUCCACUGGCAGUGAAGUGGCGUCGAUGUCCUCUCAGCUCCCAGAUACACCUAACAGCAUGGUAGCCAGUCCUAUUGAGGCAUGAGGAACAUUCAUUCAGAUGUAUUUUUUUCCCUGUUGGAGAAAGUGGGAAAGUAUAAUGUUGAACUCCGAAACAAAAGUAUUUAACGACCCAGUCAAUGAAAACUGAAUCGAGAAAUGAAUGCUCCAUGAAAUGCACGAAGUCUGUUUUAAUGACAAGGUGAUAUGGUAGCAACACUGUGAAGACAAUCAUGGGAUUUUACUAGAAUUAAACAACAAACAAAACCCAAACCCAACAUACGCUAUCCAAUGACCUUAGGAGUACUGAAAAAAAAAAAAAAAAAAAGACGUUUUUAAAA